CUGCAAAGAAGUAUCCGCUAUGGAGGCGGAGAAGCGGAAACGCCCCCGCAACCGGUACUACCAGAUCCCAAUAAGAGCAGUUCUCUCACCUCACGCACGCCGAAACCCUAACCUCCGGCUUUGCCGAUCGUCGACGGAAUCCGCUUUGUUCGAACAAGUAGAACCAGCAGAUACGUUCAGGCGACUAGUCGUUAAAGUCCCCUGUCUUCCUCGCUUACUUCCCCACCUUUAAGCUAUGGUUGGUUCGUCGGCCCGCGCUCACGGCGUCGACCGUUUCUACAACCCCCCCGCCAUACGCCGUCAGCUCGAGCAGCAGCAGAGGCAGCAACGCGAACUCCAGAACCAAUCCUCGCCGGUGCAGACGCGGAAACAAGCGGCGGCGCCGGCUGCUCGGCCGAAGCAUCGUCCUUCGCCACCGCCGCCAGACCCGCCGAUGGGUAACCGUGUCGAAUUGGAUGUCUCGUCCUCGAAGGCUUCUGUAUCCUCUUCCUACUCUUCCGCGUCGACCUCAGAGCAAUCUCCUGGAAAUUUGGAUCGUUUUCUCCAGUCGACAACUCCGAUUGUCCCUGCUUUGUACUUUCGAAAGAUGACCGCGAGGGGCUGGAGAAGUCGCGACGCUAUGGAGCCUCACCAUCCGUAUUUCACCCUGGGAGAUCUGUGGGAGUCGUUUAAGGAGUGGAGCGCUUAUGGCGCCGGAGUACCGUUGGUUUUAAACGAGAGCGACUCGGUGGUGCAGUACUACGUGCCGUACCUCUCGGCCAUUCAGCUUUUCGUUAAUCCAUCGAUGCCUUCAUUGAUAUUGAGGCGACCUGCUGAUGAAAGUGAUGGGGAUCCUUACCUGGAUACUAGCAGUGAAGGUAGCAGCGAGAAUGAAGGAGAGAGGCUUAUCAGGGACAUGCCAUUUGUCGAAAGUGCAAGCAUUAUAGGACAAGAAGCUUCUUCAAGCAUUGAUGGUGAGACGUCUAGUUCAUCAAUUCUUCCAAUAUUUGAGUACAUGGAGAGUGAUCCACCCCAUGGUAGGGAACCUCUUGCUGAUAAGAUUUCAUCUCUUGCGAGUAAAUUUCCUGAUCUGAAGACAUACAAAAGCUGUGAUCUAUUGCCUUCAAGUUGGAUGUCUGUAGCCUGGUAUCCAAUAUAUAGGAUCCCCACAGGGCCAACAUUGCGGGAUUUGGAUGCGUGUUUUCUAACCUUUCACUUGCUUUCAACUCCAGUAAAAGGUAUUGACAAUGGGUAUUCAGAGGCUAUGGGUCCCUGCAUCAUCAAGAACAAGAACAGUAAGAACUUGGGUGACAAGUUAUCCUUAACCAUCUUUGGUCUUGCUUCAUAUAAGUUCCGGAAUUCUAUAUGGACAUCCAAUGGGUUUCAUGAGCGGCAGAUGGCAACCUCUCUGCUCCAACAAGCUGACAAUUGGCUCUAUCUUCACCAAGUAAACCAUCCAGACUUCAGAUUCUUCUGUCACUCCAAUAAAUUCAGACGAUAAUUGUUUCCAAUUUUUGUAUAAUCAAAGAGAAAGGCUGCUUGAUUUUUGA